AUUGAUUUAAGCCUCCAAAGACACAAUUCUCCAGAAGAAUCGUUUUGGUUGUUGUUUUAUGAAUUCCGACGCUCGUUGCGGUCUGUGAAUGCGGCGGCGGAGCAGAGGCGGAGCAGCGGAGGGUCUCGCGGAGCGGUUCCUGAUGCCAUCCAUCGACCAUGAUUGACAGUCCCUGGUUUAAAAGCAGAUCCUUCCUUUAACAAAUCAGCAGGUUUGUUGGUGUCACAUGACCUCCUGAGGACCCUCACUCUGACAAGAUGGACAGAGAGGCCACGCCCACUAGGUGCAGGACUCACCUUCAUUGGCUACGGUAGCGGACUGGGCGGUCUCGAAACAGAUCCUGAGAUGGACGUGGAGCGAUUGGACGAGCUGUGUUUGGGGGCGGGGCUUGAAGUGGGAGAGGCAGUAGGACUUCCAGACAUAGGGGAGGUCCGUCUGACCCAUACACGCUCCACAACCAGGAAGGAUGUUGUGGUUUCCAUGACGACCCAAAGGAUGGAAGAGGAGGAGGAGCGAUGGAGGAAGCUGUUCCCCGACAUCAAGAAGUGCCGGAUCAUGAUCGUCCGUCCUCCACUUGAACAGCUGCGGGCGUGGAAGUGGAGGAGGUGGGGCCACCACUGCAGGCCACAUGACUCGGGUACAGACUGUGAUUGGAUGCAGCCGCUGGAGCCGCAGGAGUGUGAUGGCAGAUCAAAGAGUUUUGUAAAAAAGGUGGAGGUCAGAUUUCAGGCUCAGCAUGCCCCUGAAGAUAGACAAGGGAGACCCCACAGACAGCUGAGCCUGAAACAGUCCUCUGAUGUCAACACUGACUCCGCCCCCCUGCACCUGAUGAUGGACCACACCUACUGCCUCCACAGGGGGGUUAGAGAUGAACCUGAAAGUGACAGCCAAUCAGAAGAUGUCAGGUUGCCGUCCUGUUGCGGACACAAAGACUGCUGCUGCUUCUCUCCAGAGAAGAUGCAACACAGCAUCGUGUUUAAGAAGGUCUGGGGAGAUCACUGGGUUCUGAAGAAACCAGAGGAGGAGAAAGAAGAAGAAAAAGAAGAGGAGGUGCAGAUGCAGAUGAGGAACAGGACGAAGGAUCAGGGAACGCCACUGCAGAGCGAAAAGAAGAAACGGCGGCAUGGCUGCGGUCAGUGCGCCGCCUGCCUCAGGGAGAAUUGUGGGAAAUGUAACUACUGCUUGGACAUGAAGAUGUUCGGUGGUCCAUCUCGGCUCAGACAAAAAUGUGUGAUGAGACGGUGUCUGGUGGUGUUCGCCCGAGGAACUGCAGCUGUCGAUCUGUUUCCUCCUCAGAAAACCAGGAAAGAUUGGACGGUGAAACCACUGAAAAGCUUCCUGGCUGGAAAGGAGACGGUUACCAUAGCGACCCAACCUCAGCUCCAUCAGUGGACGAAGUGGAAGAGAUGGAUGGGGGACGCGGUGGAGUGGAAGCCAGCGAGUCAGAGGGGGAAGUGGGGGAGGAUGUGGGGAGGAAAACGGAUGAAGCUGAAAAACGACAGAGUCCAGACUCGGAUGGUGAACGGAGAAGAGAAGCAGGAGAAGAGACGAAGCUCCAAGGAGGUGAGGAAGAGGAGGUGGAGGAUGACGUUAGAACGAAGGAGAGCAAAGGAAGAAUUGAAGGACAGCGAGGACUCAGUGGAGCUUAGGGUGAAGGACGAGGAAGAUGAGCAGAGGCGGCCAACGCCGCAGCUUCAGGAGAGCGAUGACCCAGCGGAGCGGCUGAUGAAGGAGGAGCCAAACCUGCGGUCUCAGUUUUCAUUGGCUGGAGGAGGCGGGGCUUCAGGACUUCUGAAUGGGACACACCUGCAGCUGAACCUGAACGUGGAGGGCAGCCGUCUUUCUCCCAGCAUGCGCUCCAACUCCGCCCUCGCCUGUCUGCCUCAGGAGGUUUCUGUCCUCCAUGUUUCCACAGGCCUCACCUUCAUCCCUCCUCCUCCUUCUCCAGUCCAAAUGCUGCAGCCCAAAGAGGAGGAGGAGCCUGUGGAGGUGAACGUGUUGGGGCGGGGCCUAACAGGUGGCGGUGGGAUGGAGGAGCUAGGGUGCACAGAGAGGGUGUCGGAGAAAUGGAGGUUUUACGACGUGGAGGUGGAGCUGCUGGGCUGCGGUUCUGAUCAGGAGAUGGAGAUGCUGUCCUCACCGGCUCCCUCUGACAUCACUGUACCUGUCAAUGAUGAAGUCACGGCAUGUGACAUCACCUGCCAGCGGCCAGAGUUCAUUUCAUUGAGCUCGGGUUUGUUUGAGCUGUUUGGAGGUGGUGUCAACGAUGAUGUCACAGGUGGGCGGGGCUUGCAGUUGCUGCUGCAGGCGUUGAGGAGGACGGUGCUGCCCGCUCAUUGGGUGGCUGUUCUGGCUGAAGGACCGGUUCUGCAGCUGCUGCAGUGCUCCAGACUGUCCUCCAUGACGGACACCAUCGUCCAUGUCGGACCCGAUCGCCACGUCUAUGUCAGCGUCCAGAACCGCCUGCUGCCCGACACACACAGACUGUACCAGGAACACACACACAGGGUGGAACACCUGAGCCAGCUGGUGUCUCUGCUGCUCGAUCUGGAGCGGAUGACCAUCUGUCAAGGCUCAAGGGUUCGACUCCACAACUGCCUUCAGCAGGUGAAAUCACCUGCCUGUCACUUGCUGCUGGUCCCGCCCUGCCUCACCUGUCUGCCCUGCUUGCUGGAGGAGGAGGAGGAGGAGGAGGAGGAGGAAGAAGAUGAUGAUGGAGGUGUAGAGACAGAAAAAUUGCCUUUUAAAGAAUGAUAAAUCUUGUUUGUAGAAAAGUGCCUCCUUCUACCCUCACCUGAGCAGGUGAGGCCACACCCAUUCCUGUUCAGCUCACGGUUGGUGAUGGUGGUGCUGUCUGCUGGAGACGCCGGGGUUGUUCUGUCUCUGGGGAUUCUGGGUAAUUUAGUCCUCAGCUAGGGUCUGACAGCUUUGGGUCCAAACGUUUCUACCUCAGCGUGUUCUAAACCGGCCAGUUCUGCUUUUUUUGAACCGGGUCCUGGUUCCGCUAUGGUCCCCUGAUCUCUUGGUUCUGGUUAACAGAGACCAGCUCAGUCUGAUGAUGAGGAUGCUUGUUUUUUGAUGAAGAUCCUGGAUUUUAUAGUUUUGAUUUUGUUAAUAAAGUUUUUAGAAAGCU